CAAUAUCCAGGAUUACCACAGGCUAUUCUCGUCAAAACAACGAAUUUCAAAACUGUCGUUGGUUUUUAAACAGCAUGCUAACUUUCUUUUAAAUGAAUGCAGCUGAGCUAAAUUAUUUAUCUUAUAGUUCCUGUCCCAGUGUACAUGUAUAACUUAUACUAUAGCUUCAUAUGGACUGUUUAAACUGUAACGGUUUAAAUAUAAUUCGUUAUCAUUAGUAAGUGGCUACUACAGGUCUGAAUUAGGAUAUUAUUAUGAUUAUUUUCAUUAACGGAAUAUUAUUAACACUCUCACCAGUUAAUUUGCUUUGAAAUAUUUCUUCUACUACGAAAUGACCAUUUUUGUCCAGAACGUCAGAGUAGCCUGUGUGUGUGUGUGUGACCAUGUAAAUUACAACCUGCUAAUGAAGUUAAUGCCAGAAAGCUGAUCAUGUGCAAGUCCACAAUUCUAGCUGGGGAAGAUAAAAUGGAUGAAGACAGAGGGAAAGACCAUUUAAAGUCAAAAGGAUCUGGGAACAGUUUAAUGUCUACAAAUGGUUUUCUGUUUGACCCCUGGCACAGCACCCCUGUUAAAAAGCAAACAGAUGAAGGCAGCAUGGCAAGAUGGACUGCAAAGAGCAUCAAUCAGCAGUCAUCUCUCCCAGCUAUGCAGGGGUCUCAGACUCAAACAAGCGAUCUGGAGAUCACAACCAUCCAAAAGCAGCGCACAGAGCUGCAGCUUCUCAUAGGAGAGCUGAAGGAUCGUGAGCAGGAGCUCAACAGCAUGGCUGCCUCUCAUCACAGACAGCUGCAGGCCUGGGAGCAGGACCGUCAGAGAGUGCUGACGCUGGAGCAGAGGAGCGCACGCCUUGAGGAUGAGCUGCAGAAGCGCAACGAAGUGAUCCGAGCCAUUAGCAAGCGUUUAAAGGCAGCGGAGGUACGAGAGCAGGACAGCCGCAGGGAGCUCAGAAGCAUGCAGCAGCGGAUGCAGGAGCUCAGCCAGAGACAACAGCACAGCAGCCAACAACACCAAGACCUGGAGGAGAAGAAUCGGAGUCUGAACUCGAGCAUCCUGACUCUCUCAUCCCAGCUUGGCCAGCUUCAAGUUCAUGAGGAAGAGCUUAGCUCCAUGCUCAAGCUGAAGGACAAAGAUCUGACAGAAGCCACAAAUCACAUAUUAGGCCUAACUGAUCGGCUCGGGGAAUCAGAGUCAUCGCUAAAAGAGUGCCAGGCUCGUGAGAGCAAAACGUUACAGGAAACCGAGGAGUACAAACGUCGCCUCAGAGAGGCCAGACAUCAAAAUGCUCAACUAAAAGAUGAGCUUCAAGAGAAGACUCUAGAAAACAACACUCAGAGAGAGGAGCUCAUUCGGCUUAGACAAGAGAACCAGCUGCUCCGGAAAGAACUGGCUCUCGCAGAUGAGAGUGAAAGCUGGAAGGAAGAGUUACUCGCUCUUGCACGAUCAAAACAAGAGCGCACCGAGUCUGAGCUGCUCUGCCUGCGACAGGUGUGUGAGCACCAGCAAAAUGAUCUACAGCUCCUGAAGCUCAACCUAGAGACCACCAGAGAGACACUGAUGCAGUAUGAAAGUCAAAGGUCACUUGUGAGUCCAGGGGAUGUGACUUGCAUGUAUGUGGACUGUUCCACGCCCUCACCACAGAGGAGGACAAUGAGUCCUGGACUUGUAGAGGACACGGCACUCAGCAAACAGCAGCAGGAGGCGUUCACCUCGUCCACAUGUCGCUUGAAGCGCUUGCUGGCGGAGUCGCAGCAAAUGGUGGCCAGUCUGGAACUCGGUUCUGGAAAACCCCUAAGCCGUUCUCAGAGCCCUCCAACACAUCAUAGCUCAAGUCCUGUCCUGAGUUCCAGUUCACGCUGUAACUCUGUCUGCAGCCUCAACGGCGGUCGUAACAAUACGGUCCCCCAAUAAGAUCCAAAAGUAAAUGAAGGGAUGACUCCCAACUCCACAGCAUCGCCAGUUCACAGAAUCUGUUGAACAGAUCUGCGAAUAGACCUACAUGAACUAUGGAAACAGACCAACAUGGACAUCUUUAAUGGUUCUUCCUGUGGAUAUAGCCAUUCCUCCAU